UUGUGUUGAUAAAUUACAGUGUCUUCAUAGUAUGCUAUAUUAUUGGAUUAAUGUAAUACAGCUUCCGAUGCUCCAUUUAAUUUACUGUAUACAGAGUGUCAUGUAUAGUGUAGUUAUAUAUAUAGAGAGAGUGAGGGGUGACACGUAUUGCUAAGAGGCUCGUAAUGUUUUUUUAAGCAGUUUAUAUACAUAUCUAUACUGUUAAGCGGAUUGGUAAUGUAAGUUUAUACAAUAUACUUUAGUACAAUUUCAUUCACUAAUACUUUCUUACGAGAUAGUAAAAUAAAUCUGAUACGUUUCUUUGAGAUUGUAAUCGGUAUGAGUAUACUAUGCGAUUUAAAGUUGUGAGUAAAAUUUAUAUUAUAGCUUACUGUUAAUCGACAUGGUAUAAAUACGUAUAAUAAUAGGAAUACAAAACACGAAGAUAAGGAGAGAUACAAGGCCACGCCUUGAUUCGUGAUUAAAUAUCGUCUUGCAUUCAAAAUACUUAAGCUUACAGGACUUCGGAUAGACUCGGGUAUUCUCGGAUAGCUUCGAUACGUGUUUUGGAUUUAUAGGAUGUCGUACGCACGUGGAUAUGUUGCCAGUGACCGCCAGUUGCUUGGCAUUUGACGUUAGAGAAGCAUUGCGUGGCGACUCUAUUAUCUUUUUUUUAUUUCAUGCACUUUUAUUACAUACACUUUCUUGCGAUAAUAAUUGAUCGGAAUUCUCUGUGCAGACGAUGGAAUUGCUUUAUUUUUAAUCUUAUCUGGUGAGUGGGCGGAGUGCCUUUUUCUUUAUUUUCCGUGGACUCGUUUGUUGGGGUUAUUUUCACGUACAGAGACGACGUCUGGCAUCGCUUUCACAACAAGCGAAUAACCUUGUGAUGCAUUCGGAUAUGCAUUUCGUUCCCUUUUUUUUGGUUAACUACUAUAGAUAAUGUUGACUUCGUAGUGAUAAGUAUUACCCUAGGAUAGGUCGGUAAGUGACCAUACGAAGUAAUCCUUGUCUGGAUGGACGCAAAUAUGUAAAUUAUGUCAUAGAGACUUCCGAAGAUUAUCGUUCGAUCGAUAAUUAAAAAUUCUGAUUAAUGAUUAGCUGAUAUCGAGAUCAAUAAAAAUGGGAAAGAUUCAAAUAAAUUCGAAGCAGCUGCCGAUCAAGGCUCAUUUUUUUUUCUUUAUGGCUGCCAUGGGACCCAUAUUACCGUUUUUACCGGUUUACGGCAAACAGCUUGGAAUUUCACCACUGGUCAUGGGUAGCAUUACCGCUAUUUUACCCAUUUUAUUUCUCAUAGCAAAACCAGCUUUUGGUUUUUUGGUUGAUCAUUUUCGGGCCUAUCGAAAAUGCAUAUUUGUUUGUCUCCUGGCAGCAACGAGUGGCUGUUAUGUAUUACUGCAUUUUUUGCCAUCACUUCCGGGAACAAUGUUACCAGACAAUGGCUUCAGGAACGUUUCCUGUUCUUCACUCAAAAUGUGUGCAGUCCAUCAGAAUAAUUCAGUAGUACCCUUUACUGCCCCAUGUGACAUUGGUAUUAAUGUGACAUGCUAUUGGAAUUGCAGUAGCAACAAUUUUGCUACUAAUAUGUUUGUUUACAAUGACUACACGAAAGAACUUUCUGCGAACUCAUCUUGUAUCAUUGAUGCUAAUGCGACCUGUCAAUCUAAUAACACUUGCGACGUGACCUGUGAAAAUAUUCAAACCAGUUGCCUCUACACUUCCAUCACGUUCUGGGGCUUUGUAAUCCUAAUGUCUCUUGGCAAUAUAGGAUUCAACGUUUCUAAUUGCAUAAGUGACGCAAUCUGCUUCGAUGUGCUGGGACAUGGUGGUCAGAUGGGAUAUGGUAGACAACGUGUAUGGGGCACUAUAGGAUUUGGAAUUACAGCUUUUUUAGCUGGUUAUGCUGUAGAUUGGUGGUCCCAAGGUCAAGCAAUAAAAGACUACACUCCUGCCUUCGUCCUCGUUAUGGGAUUUUCCUGUAUCGAUUUGAUGUGCUGCACCAAACUAGAGUUACCCACCAUGUCGGGAUCGGAAAAUAUUCUAAAAGACGUUUACAAAUUACUUAAGAUGAAGGCAAUAGUGAUAUUCUUGUGUUUCGCUACUCUAGCUGGUAUAUUUGACAGUUUCAUAAUUUAUUUUUUAUUUUGGUAUCUAGAAGAUUUAGCGAAGGCGACGGGUUACAUGAGUCAGAUUAAACUGAUAGAAGGAUUAAUCGUGGCUGCUGAGACCUUAGGCGGAGAAGUUAUAUUUUUUUCUCUCUCGGGAAAGAUAUUAAAGAAAUUUGGUUAUGGAUACAGCUUUGUGUUCUGCUUUGUCUGUUACUCAAUACGAUUAGGCCUUAUUUCAUUGGCCCCAACUCCUUGGUGGGUCUUGCCCAUUGAAUUCUUCAUGCAGGGACCCACAUAUGCAUUGUGUUAUACAACAAUCGUAGCUUACGCUAGUGCCAUUUCACCACCCGGAACAUCAGCCACGGUUCAGGGUAUCGUGGCGGGAAUGGAUGACGGGUUUGGCUUUUCUAUUGGCAGUCUAAUUGGUGGAAUUUUGUACAAAAAACUGGGUGGCUCGAUGACUUUAAAAAUACUUUCCACACUUGCUGCCGCUACUUCUUUUCUUUAUCUCGUAUUGCACCUGCUAUAUUUGCAAUACGCAAUGCCGGCACGAACUACGAAACACGAUGUUGAAUGGAAAAGUGUGAAACAAGCGGCGGCCGAAUGUGUCGGAGAAAAGGCGUAACCAAAUAUUAUGUUUUAAUUAUUUAUGAAACGUUUAAUAAACGAUAAACUAUACGUUUAUCUUUUUAUAUAAUUUUUAUAUUUGUUAUUUGAGAUAUGGACUGCGAUCGCAUAAUAUGUAUUCACAUAGAUAAGACUAUGGAUUUAUAUAUUUCGUUAGAAAAAUCAAAUUUGUCAUUUUAAUAAAUAUGGGGAUCUGUGCUUUACAAUAAUCAUAGUAAACAUAUACCGGCAAAAAUUAUGAAUUAAAAUAAAUUUUACUAUAUUAUA